AUGGGAACGGCCGAGAAGGAGCGCCGGCAGCGCGAGGAGCGGGAGCGUGCCGCGCGAGAGGAGGCCGCUCUCGACGAGCACAUCCGGCGGCAGAACGAGCGCGAGCGUCAAACGGCCGAGCGGCAGCGCCUGGCCACGGCCGAGCGGCGGGCGGCUGCCGAGCGACGACAGAUGCUGGUCACCGAGGCUAUCAGAAAGGCCGAGCAGGAGGCGGCUGCAGAGAAACGGCGGCGACUGCGCGGCGCCGCUGGAGACUCGGCAGCGACCACCACGCGCAGGGAGGAGACGACCGCUCCGGUAGCCAGCUCGACAGCAGAGCCGGCGACCGAGCAGACGGCCGGCGGAGGAGCAGGGGAUGGUAGCGGCGGCACGGCGAACACAUCACACCGACUCACCUCCCGACCGAGCAACUCCAGCAGUGGAGAGAGCGAGUCGAGCCGGCCGAACGGCCCGAGCGGCCGGGCGCGGCUGAGUCCCCUGCAGAACCGGCGCCGCUCUGAGCCGGCCGCGACAGAGGACCGGCUCGGCUCCGGCCGCCAGCCGCUGCCCGGCCUGGGGCGGCUCUACAUAGAGGACCGGGUGCUCACACCCACCAAAUACCGCGGUGACAGGACCAGCUCUGGCUGUGAGUUCGGCACACAGACGGAGCCGGGCCGGCGCCAGAGGCCGGCCGAGCUGGUCCAACGGAGGGAUGUCACUGUGGGUACUGAGACACCGCCGACACGACACGGCCGCCGCCGGGAGCGCUCCAAGGCGCGGGCCAGGCCGCUGAAGAUCGAGGACCGGCCGCGAUGGAACGCACCGCAGCCGGAGAAGGUGUACCUGAAGCAGACGGAGAAGGACCUGCUGGUGUCGCGCGGCGGCGCCCGUCGGCGGAGGGAACGCCAGCUGAGAAACGAGGACGAAUCGUGCUCGGAUACGGACACGGGGCCGCCGGACUGGUCGGGAGAACACCGCGCCAGCCGCGACAAACGGACUGAUGCAAACAGGUCCGGUGUGUCCGAGUGGCGGAACUCGCGGACGGUCCCCCGCUACCGCAGCCACUCGCCGCUCAAGGCCCGAGUCGCCGCCUACUACGCCGCAUCCUCCGACGGCAAGUUCUCGUCGUCUUCGUCGUCACGAGCGGCAGCGCGCGCUCUCGGCUCCUCCGUACCUCUGAUCACGGCUAGCGAAGUGCUGUUCCUUCCCGAGUACGGUAACGUGGCCCUGGUGCCGCUCAGCCAGCCGCACCUGGCCUAUCUGAGCCACGCGCACAGUCUGCCACUGCUCGCCGCCGCCGGCGACAUCCCAGUCUACCCGCCCGUCUCUACAGAGAAGGCCCUGCGAGACAUCGGCUCCCGCGUGGUGAGUGCGGUAGGUCGGGAGGCGGCGCAAUCGCCGGGUUCUACUGAGGACGCGCCGGACGGCGGCGCGGACGGCGACACUGAGCGGGCGGGUGGACCGCCGGCGCGACGACGCUCCCGGAGGGACAAUGGCACAGAUAAGGAGGACGAGGAGCCACCACAUUUGUACAAUGAGUCGGCCGGCGCACCACCGCCGGUGCAUAAGGCCCAGGACCGCGAGGACCGGGAGGAAGAGGGAGAGGAUGAGGAGGAGGAGGCGAUAGACCGCGAGGACACGGGCUCGGAGCAUUCGUCCGGGUCCCAGGAGCGAUCGGAGGCGGCUGAUACGGCGGACGGGGCCAGCAGAGAUUCCGAUCGCUCGGAGGCCUCCCAAUUGGUGAGCGAGACAUCUAGCGAGGCGGUCAGUAAACACAACUUACGAGGGACGUCCACCAGGGACGGCCCGGCCUCGUCUACGUGCAUGGGCAGGGACAGUGUGCUCAGACAGCUCACAAAAUUGAAACGGGGAUUGCUGCGCAGCGGCCGCCAGUGGCAGCAGGAUAGGGAGCCGGAGUCGGAGCCCUGCUGAUCAGCAAGACCUGCUGAGCAGCAAGACGUGCUGACCAGCGGAAUCUGCUGACCAGCAGUAUACACUGAGCGGCAGGCAGAGCGGGGCACUGCUGUAGAAAGUCGCGCGCCACUCCCGGCUCGCGGAGUGCGAGCUGAGCGAGUCAGUAGCGCGGCCGAAAAGCCGUCAGCGCCGGCCAACCCUAUGGUCUAUCAUAGGACACGGUGCCGGGCGGCGGCGAGUCACAGGGGCCAGACGGGUACUCUACUGCUGGAAGGGGACGGACGAUACGCGGCGGACCUCUCAGACUCCUCCGGUCCCAUACUGCCUAGCGGAGACGGUGGGAUGACCGACAGGGCCAGUUUGUACUUUUGCAGCGCCCGUGAUCGGGACCGGGACCGACUGAGUUGCGGAGCCCAGUCCGCUGAUGGGCGCUAAGUGCAAUAUCUCCAGUGUUAGUGCAAUUCAAUGUUCGUGCAAUCCAGUGCGCUGUGCUAGGUGUGGGCUGGGAUUCAGGUAUAACAUGGGAUCAGUUGUGGUGCACAAUGACAUGAUGCAAUAUACCAGAAUGUGAAGAACGCUA